AUGGCUUACUACUCGAACUUCCACCACUCGAAUCACCCCAACAUGAAGCAGCCGUACGGCGGCCGGCCGCACCGAUCACCUCGUUCCGGUGACCACGGCGGCGGCGGCGGCGGUGGUGGUGGUGGCAGCUAUGGCUCCGGCUCUGGUGACGGCGGCAUGGGCGUCGGCGGCUGGAACCAGGGUGGCGGUGGCGGCUCCUACAAUGGCAGCCAAAUGAUGGGCGGCGGCGGUGGCUCCCGUGGGUACCAGAACGGCAGCGGCGGCGGUGGUGGAGGCUACCAGAAUGGCAGCGGCUCCAACGGCAACACACUGUGGAUGGGAAACAUUGACGAGACCAUGGACGAGCAGUUCAUUCAGUACGCCUUCAACCAGGUGGGCGUCCAAGAAAAGGCCCGUUUCUUCCUGAAGCCUGCCAAUCGCCAACAAGGCGGCCCGACCGGCGGCUCUGGUGGUGGCGGCGGCGGCGGCGGUGGCCAAUCGCGUGGACUCUCCAUCUUUGUGGGCAAUCUCUCGGCGGAGAUUGACGAUGAAAUUCUGAUGUCGGCCUUUGGGGCGUACUACCCGUCGGUGUUGUCGGCGAAAG